GGCGGGCGUCACGUCACUUCCGGCGCGCCGCCGCCCUGCUCUAGUCCCGAGGAGAUGGCGGCCGCUGUGCGUAGCCGGUGGUUCCGGUGCUGCUCCGCCCUGCUCAGGCAAGGUUUUCCUGUUCUGGCUAAUGCUAGGAGACGCUGUUUCUCAGGACUGAGUGGCCAAUGGAACAAAAUGGUGGGAGUGGGUUUUGGAGUAGCCCUGUGUGCAGUCCCUAUCGUACAGAAACACGAGCCCACUUUUCUCAGUCAUGAAGCCUUGAUUAGAAGGGCAAUUUCUCUGGUAACAGACAGUACUUGUACUCUUCUCUCUCAAACAACAUAUGCGUUAAUUGAAGCAUUAACAGAGUAUACAAAGGCAGUUUACACACUGGUGUCUCUCUACCGGCAAUAUACAAAUCAUCUUGGGAAAAUGAAUUCCAAAGAGGAAGAUGCAGUAUGGCAGGUGAUCAUAGGAGCAAGAGUUGAGAUGACUACAAAGCAGCAAGAAUUCCUGAAGUUAGAAUCCAGUUGGAUGACCGCUUUACAUCUUUCAGAGAUGGCAGCAGAAGCUGCAUAUCAAUCAGGUGCAGAUCAAGCUUCAGUGACAGCUCGUAACCAUAUUCAGCUGGUGAAAACACAGGUGCAAGAGGUACGACAGCUGUCACAGAAAGCAGAGACCAAAUUAGCUGAAGCUCAGACAGAAGAGCUCAUUAACACAAAAGUUGAAGAAUCAUCACAGCCAUGCAGUAUCUCAGAAACCACAGAGGAAGUCGAAGAGUCUUAUCUUCGUGAAGACUGAAAAAAAAACAAAAAUCUUCUAAAUAUCACCUUUGGAGUAUUUGAUAGCAUACCACUAAUUCCAGGGCCUUGAGUUUCCCACAUCAUUAAGAAAUAGAUGUUGGAUAAGGAAAAGGCAUUAAAGACAGGCAUGCUAUCUGUUGAUAAUUGGUGGUAGUGGGCAAUAAUUCUCUCCCCCGCAAGUUUGCUAUACCCAACUACCAGCCAGAUUCAGGUGUUUGAAACGUCUUUAUUUUUUAAGUUCCCAUUAUUAUAAUAUGCAUUGCUAGUAAAUUUGUAUUUAAGUGUACAACUAUGCAAAUGUGAAAUUAGCUGUUAAAGAUACUUUGUUGAUGAGUGUUUGGGUCUGUUGCCAUGAGGGUCUAAUUCAGAUGAUUUAAUACUAAACCCUUGGAAAUUCCCAGUGUCUAAAACUAAUUGUAGAUUGCAGCCAAAGAGGGACACUUAAAAAUAAUUUCUAGUCUGUGAAGCAAGUUAAUCUUAGCGGGUAUUAUAUCUCCAGUCGAACAAUAGAAUUACAUUUCACUGUCAAAGUCCGAUUGGUUAACAAUGUUGAUUUUUUUGUGCUGUUUUCUAAUUAUUUUGACUUGUGACAAUUCAUAAUGGAUAGCUCAUUGUUUAAUAAAACACAAAUUACUGUA